CGAUUUUCUGGGGCAAAUUUGACCCGAACGUCAAUUUGAGGCCGAGACUCAGUCCUUCGAAGAUCCACACGUAUUUAUAAACCCGACGAGGACGAGCAGAAAACAAUUAUUCUUUGUUCAAGCAGGAGCAAUCGAAGAAGAAGAAGAAGACCCUGAGAAAUCCAUUUGAAAAAAAAGCACUUUUAGAAGAUGGCAGAAGGUGAGGAUAUUCAGCCUCUGGUGUGUGACAAUGGCACAGGAAUGGUCAAGGCUGGAUUUGCGGGAGACGAUGCCCCAAGGGCAGUCUUCCCUAGCAUUGUGGGACGCCCCCGACACACGGGAGUGAUGGUUGGUAUGGGACAGAAAGAUGCUUAUGUUGGCGAUGAGGCCCAAUCCAAGAGAGGUAUUUUGAGCCUGAAAUACCCAAUUGAACAUGGAAUUGUCAACAACUGGGAUGACAUGGAGAAGAUAUGGCAUCACACGUUCUAUAACGAACUUCGUGUGGCACCCGAGGAGCACCCAGUGCUUCUCACAGAAGCCCCUCUUAACCCCAAGGCUAACCGUGAGAAGAUGACUCAGAUCAUGUUUGAGACCUUCAAUGCCCCUGCCAUGUAUGUUGCUAUUCAGGCUGUCCUCUCCCUCUAUGCCAGUGGUCGUACAACUGGAAUUGUUCUGGACUCUGGGGAUGGUGUGAGCCACACUGUCCCUAUAUAUGAAGGGUAUGCCCUUCCCCACGCCAUCCUUCGUCUGGACUUGGCAGGACGUGACCUCACGGACUACCUGGUGAAGAUCCUGACCGAGAGGGGUUACAACUUCACCACCUCAGCAGAACGGGAAAUCGUGAGGGACGUGAAGGAGAAGCUGGCCUACAUUGCUCUUGACUUCGAGCAAGAGCUGGAGUCGUCGAAGAGCAGCUCAACCGUGGAGAAGAACUACGAGCUGCCCGACGGGCAGGUGAUCACCAUCGGCAACGAGCGGUUCCGCUGCCCGGAGGUCCUGUUCCAGCCCUCGAUGGUUGGGAUGGAAUCCGCCGGCAUCCACGAGACCACAUACAACUCAAUCAUGAAGUGCGACGUGGACAUCAGGAAGGACCUGUAUGGGAACAUCGUCCUGAGUGGUGGGACCACAAUGUUCGCCGGAAUCGCUGACAGGAUGAGCAAGGAGAUCACUGCGCUGGCCCCCAGCAGCAUGAAGAUCAAGGUCGUUGCCCCGCCGGAGAGGAAGUACAGUGUUUGGAUUGGUGGCUCUAUCCUGGCUUCCCUCAGCACAUUCCAACAGAUGUGGAUAGCCAAGGCAGAAUAUGAUGAGUCAGGGCCUUCAAUUGUUCACAGAAAGUGCUUCUAAACAUUUUGCUGCCACUGUGCCAU